AUGGCAUUUAUCCAUGAUGUAUGACCAUGACCACAACAUAUAUAAAUCGACUCAGUUUUUAACGCUGAUUCCGAAUCUGAUAUUAGUUUUGAACCAAAUCGUAGCUUUCUAACAAAACAUUGACUGAAAAAGGUCUAAAAACUGCAUGAAGAAAGCAAAUAGCCUAGAUAUGUGUCAGAUGAUAAAAAACAAAGUGAAUAUACCUGUUCACUUUUUCAAGUACACACAACACUGGGAUUUAAAUCCGAGGUUUUCGCAUUUAUUUGGUCUCAAAUGCUGGGUAUCAAUUUGGAUGAUUUUCGCUUAUUACCAUAAUUGUAUCUUAGGAUAGAAACAACAACAAGAUCUGAAGUAUUUACAAAAAAAAAAAAAAUCUUAUUUUCAUUAAGGUUUAUCUCGAUAUAAAAUUUCAAGUCGAAAUUCAAAAAUUAGUUUUUCUGUUACUUCGUCUUUCAUUAAAAAAUGACUGUAAAAGUACAGUAUCAUUACAGCUAAAGAUAUGAACUCUUUUCAGAAUAUUUGUAGGUCAUUAAAAAUUUCCAUGAUAUACAUAAUCUCGAAUGAAAAUUGAUUUAUCAAUUAAAGGACUUCUCCUAUGAAAAUAUAAAGGUUUAUUAUUUUUUUUUGUAGAUCGAAAUUAUUUGAUUCAAAAUUUUAUUAAUCUUUAUCUAAUUCGUUUUUAUAUUUGAAUAGGUAUGUUGGUCUCCCGAUGGUAAAUAUAUAGCAACAGGUGGUGAAGAUGAUUUUAUAACAUUAUUUUCUCUUGAUCCAGAUGAACAUACAUCUCGUGUAAUAUGUCGUGGUCAUGGUCAUACAUCAUGGAUAAAUGCCAUAUCAUUUGAUUCCUAUAUGAAUGCUAAAACUUAUUAUUUAUCAUUUAUUCAACCAUCAUCAUCAUUAUCAUUAUAUAAUGAUAACCUUGGAAUAAAAAAUUUUAAUUCAUAUACACAUAGUGAUGCAUCAUAUUGUGAUACAAAUAUUCCAUCAUUAUUUUAUCGUAUUGGUUCAGUUGGACAAGAUAAUCGUUUAUGUUUAUGGGAUAUAACAGAAGAUAUACUUAAAAUAAAUUCAAAUAGUAAACAAAAUUCAUUAUCAUAUCCAUUAAUAUCAUCAACAAUAACAUCAAAUGGUUAUAUAUCAUUACCAUCUGAUAUAACAAUAAAUACUCAAACAUCAACAACAAAAUCUUCAUUUUCAUCUAUAACAUCUCGUCUUUCAUUUGUACGUCAUUCAAAUAAAGUAAAUAAAUCGAUUGAUGAUACAUCUGAUAUAACUUUAUUAGCACAAUCAAAUGGUUCAUCGAAAAAAUCACGAAAAAUGCCAUUAUUUUCAAAUACAUCAAGUGGAAUAAAAUCUUUAUCAUCAAAAGUAACAACAACAACAACAACAACAUCUGAUGAUACAAAUCAAAGUUCAUUAUCAACAUUAUUAAAUAAUAAUAAUUUAUCAUCACGUCAAACAAAUUUUGAUUUAACUAAAAGUACAUUUGGUACAAAUUUAUGUCCUAAAUUAGAUGAUAUACAAGUUAUUGAACCAGUUAUUGCAGAAUUUAUAGCACAUGAACGUUUAAAUGGUAUUUAUUUCGGUGAAAAUUAUUUAAUUACAUCAUCACAAGAUGGACUAAUUACCAUUUGGGAAAAAUCACAAAAACUUCUAAAUAUUAAUAAUGUACGUACAAGAAAAUAUAGAUCAAUUAGGACUAAAGAUCUAUGAGAUUGAAACACAAAUUUAAAGUAAAAUAUUCUAUUGUUAUAAGCAAAUUAUCUUAUAAAUUAUAUGUUACUUAAUCUUCUAAAAUUGAAAUAAGGAAUAAGUUCAUAUAUUAGAACGAAUAUAAGAUCUUUUAUCGUAUAUCAAUAAUGUUUUUAGUGUACUCAAAAAGUGAGUACACUACUAAAAUCGGUCUGUGUGUCUGUCCGGCCGUUUACACGAUAACUUUCGAAAGGAGAGUCAGAUCAUGAUGAAAUUUUCUGCACAGUUCAGUCUUAACAAUGUCUCGGUCGAGUUCUAAGAUGAGAAAGAUCCGUCACGAAAUGGCUGAGUUAUCGAAAAAAUUGCCAUUAUUGAGAAUACCAUCCCUGAAGGGGGGUACAGGGAUUUUUUCAAAAAAAAAAUAUUUUUCUCGAAAUGUUUGGGAAGAGAUAUAGAU